AUGGGCCAGGGGAAUAGUAAAAUAGAGGUUACGAAGGCUGAUAAAGCUAUAUUGCAAUUAAAGAUCUCCAAGGAUGAAUUACACCGAUAUACAAAGCAUACGGAAACUUUGGUUUUCAACGAAAGGAAGCGACUCAAAUCACUACUGCGAGAAGAUCCAAAGGGCGGAACCAAAAAUCCCAGAGCGCGUAUUCUGCUCAAAAAGAUCCACUACCAGAGCCGUCUGCUAGAUCAAGCGGCUGACCAGCUUAUAAACUUGGAAAACUUGGUAGCUACAGUCGAAUUUAAGCUCGUGGAACGUCAGUUUAUGGCUGGUCUGAAGCAGGGAAACGAGGUACUGACACGACUGAAUAGAGAGUUCAAGGGUGCCGAGGAUUUGAUGGAUUCUGUGGCUGAGCAGAUUGCAUACCAGGAAGAAAUAGACCAAGUUUUGUCGUCCAGUGUUGUUGGAGGGUUCGAAGAAGAACUGGAUAGAGAGCUAGAGGCACUGGACCAAGAGGUGAAUGGUACUGUAAAUGUACCGGAGAACUCGGCAAUUGGGGCAGGCGAAGAACUAGGAUUACCUGACGUUCCAGCAGACAAGCCGGUAGUCUCUCCUGAGAUGCCAUCCACCGGAGAGCUGCCAAGAAUACAAGAUCCGGAUAAGGCACACGAGCGAGCUGGCACGCAAACGAAAUCGGAGCCCCAGCGAGAGAGAGCACUGGCAUAG